ACGGCAGCCUCAGAGUCCAGCUCUGGGGCGCCGACACGGACGUCGCGCUGUCGGGGUCCGACGACGGCGACUGGCAUCACUACUGCCUGACCUACGACGGAUCGGACUGGGCCCUCUACUUCGACGGGACGCAGGCGGCGACGGGGACCGAAGCGUUGGACACGGGCUCGGACAACGCGCUCCGCCUCGGGCAGUGGAACAGUAAUUACUACCUCGACGGCUCCAUCGACGAGUUCUACGUCUACGCGAGCGCGCUCGACGCGGCGUCGAUCCAGGCCCUCUACGACGCCGUCACGGUCGCGCCGACGGUCACGCCGACCGCGAUACCCUCAGCGACGCCCGCCGGGCCGUCGCCCCUGCCGACGGCGUCCUUCGUCGAGAUCGCGAGCAUCGGCACGGAGUCGACGUGCGUCUCGCUCGUCGAGUGCGACCUCCUCUGGACGUAUCGCGGCGACCCGGGCGCGUGCGCGACCGUGUCCGCCGUCGUCGCCGACCUCGAGGGCAACGUCGUCGCCUCGGACUCGCUGGACAACGACGGCGAGGACGUGCAGGUGGUCCCGGGCGACGCGGAGGUCAACGAGUACACGCUGACGCUCGCGUGCGACGACGACGCCACCGUGACCGAUUCCAUCGAUUUCCAG